UUUAGCUGUAAACAGUGACGUAGAGAAUCGCAUGUAUUUCUGACGGUGUGUGCAAAUAACGUGGGAAAAUGUGUGAAAUGCAAAAGCUGAGGGCAUCGGUGGAGCAGAUACUGACUGCGGCUGCUGAGGAGAUAUUUGGAGUAUUUCAAAGAAGCAUCGCAGAGAUUGAGGAGAAACUCAGUGAUUCCCCAAAGCACAAGAAAAGAAACCACAGACUACCGGACACUGUGCACCAAACAGACAUUCGGAUUCCCCGAGAGCAGCAGGGACGUAGCCCCCAUGUGGACCAGGAGGACCCAGAGCCCCCCCACAUGAAAGAGGAUCAGGAGGAAGAGUGGAUCAGUCAGGAGGGAGAGCAGACAAUGAAGCUUACACUACUAUCAGAGUGUCCUACACUCAUCCAAAAGCUGUGGAUGGUGAAAGAAGAGCUCCCCCUGGAGCAGCAGGACAGGAGCCCCAGUCUGGACCAGGUGGACCCAGAGCCUCCCCAUACCAAGAAAGAGGAGAACCUGUGGACCAAUCAGGAGGGAGAACAGCUUCAAGGGCUAGAGGAGCCUUAUAUCACUAAGUUCCCAUUCACUCCACCUCGUGUGAAGAGUGAAUAUGAUGAAGACAAAGCUCAGUCCUCACAGCUUCAUCAAAGUCAAACUGAGGAGAACACAGAGGAACCAGAAGACGGAGAUUACUAUGGAGGAUCAGAACCAGACAGCAUCCAAAAUAAUGACUUCCUUAUAAGUGAUGUGGCGUGUCAAACAACACAACAUCAAUGCACUGAGGAUGAUAAAACAUACAUUCGGAUUCCCCCAGAGCAGCAGGGACGUAGCCCCCAUGUGGACCAGGAGGACCCAGAGCCCCCCCACAUGAAAGAGGAUCAGGAGGAAGAGUGGAUCAGUCAGGAGGGAGAGCAGACAAUGAAGCUUACACUACUAUCAGAGUGUCCUACAGCCAUCCAAAAGCUGUGGAUGGUGAACAACGAGCUCCCCCUGGAGCAGCAGGACAGGAACCCCAGUCUGGACCAGGUGGACCCAGAGCCUCCCCAUACCAAGGAAGAGGAGAACCUGUGGACCCAUCAGGAGGGAGAACAGCUUCAAGGGCUAGAGGAGGCUGAUAUCACUAAGUUCCUAUCCACUCCACCUUGUGUGAGGAGUGACUAUGAUGAAGACAAAGCUCAGCCCUCACAGCUUCAUCAAAGUCAACCUGAGGAGAACACAGAGGAACCAGAAGACGGAGACGACUAUGGAGGAUCAGAAUCAGACAGCAUCCAAAAUAAUGACUUCCCUAUAAGCGAUGUGGCUAGUCAAACAACACAACAUCACUGCCCAGAGGAUGAUAAAACAUCAUGCUCCAGAUCACGGCAGACAACCUGCUUCAUGAAAAAUAAUUUCCCAUUGCCUGUUGUUGGAUUUUCCAGUUCUAAGCCCAGCUCAAAUGAAGAAUCUUGUCAUAUGGAUGAAUCUUCCUCUGGUGAAGCUUCGAUGGUAGUUUCUGGACAAUCUGACAGAGAUGAAAGUCAAUCUAGAAGUCUGCUGACAAUGUCACUACGUAAAUCCACACUAGCUGCUUCAAAGUCCUCUAAGAAGAGGAGAAAGAGUGAGCAAAAUCCCACUCCCUCUAGCUCCACUCAAAACCUCAUACCUGAUGCAGCCUCUGAUGAUGAUGACACUAAAACAGUCAAUACUGGCAGGCUUCACACCUUUCAGCAAACACCAACAGAGUCUUCUGAUCAACGGGUUACCACUGAUAUGCCAAACCCGGAAGACACUUUUUGUACUUUGAAGAAUUAUUGUUAUGUGUGCAAGAAACCUCAAACAAAAAUUGCUCGUCAUCUUAAAAAGCAUGAAAACACUGAACCAGAUAUUGCUGCAGCAUUUAUGCUCCCUAAACACUCCAAGGAAAGAAAAAGGUUGUUAGAAAAGCUGCGAAACAAAGGCAACUAUGAACAUAAUCAAGAUGUCAUGGGCAGUCAAAGUGGAGCACUUAAACUAAAGAGAAGGCAAAAAAGAUCAAACUGCAAACUAAAUGCCCAAACAUAUGUGCACUGUGCAUAUUGUAAAGGUAUGUUUGUCCGCAAAGAGCUGUGGCGCCACAUGAGGAGAUGCCCUUCAAAGACUGUUUCAGACUCUGACACAACUAGAAAGGGUAAAGUCUUGGUUUUGGCUGAUAUUGCAGAUUCUACAUUCUCACACGCUAUUUCACCGGGUGUGUGGAAGAUGUUGGGAAACAUGAAGGAGGAUGAUAUUUGUUCUGUAGUUCGAAAUGAUUUCCUCAUUCUACAGAUGGCCCAGUCUCUUUACAACAAGCAUGGAACUGAUCCAACAAAAUACGAGUAUAUUAGGCAGAAGGUUCGAGAAAUGGGCAGACUCUUGCUUAGCUUGAGAAAAAAUCACUCACUGUUAAGUUUUGAGGAUGCUCUAAAACCACACCAUUUUAACAAAGUCAUUGAGGCUGUGAAAGACGUGGCUGGUUAUGAUGAGGAGAACCACAAGUACAAUACGCCAAGUCUUGCACUGAAAUUGGGAAAUUCACUCAAGAAGAUUGGUGACAUCAUUCUGUGUCGCGCUAUUGCAGCAGAGGAUGAUGGUUUGAUAGAAGCAGCAGAGAGAUUUAAAAUACUGUGCUCAAGGGAAUGGGCAGAACUGGUCUCUCACACAGCCCUUGCUACUUUGAGUAAAUCGAGGUUCAACAAACCAUCUACCAUACCAUUCACACAGGAUGUGCAGCUUCUCAACCAGUACCUGGAAAAGAGAUCAGCUGAUGCUUACAACAACCUGACAAAACGUGAAUCUUCACGGACCUACACUGAUCUUGCCAGAGUGACACUUGCACAAAUAGUCAUCUUCAACAGAUGUUGUACAGGGGUAGUCUCAAAAAUGACACUCGAGUCAUUCAGGAAAAGAGACCAGAGUGAGCUGAGUGAGCAUAUAGCUGUUGGCCUCUCACCAUUUGAGAAGAAAAUGUCCAAGCACUUCAGCAGAGUUGAAAUUAUGGGCAAGAAAGGGAGAAAAGUUGCUGUUUUGUUAAAUCCUGAACUUGUCAGUGCAGUAAACCUUCUUGUGGACAAAAGGGAUGUGUGUGAUGUAGACAAGGACAACCCCUUCCUUUUCGCAAGACCAAAGUGCUCAGCCACCAGUUACUACAGAGGACAGGACUGCAUCAGGGUUUUUGCAAGUCUGUGUGGUGCAACGAACCCUGAAUAUCUCAAGUCGAGACACCUUCGUAAACAUGUGGCAACAAUGUCUCAGAUUCUGAACCUUAAGGAUAAUGAGCUGGGCCAAUUAGCCAACUUUCUGGGCCACCACAUUCGGGUUCACAGAGACUAUUAUCGAUCACCAGAGGCAACAGUAGAAAUUGCAAAAAUAUCAAUGUUGCUACUGGCAAUGGAGACAGGAUCUCUUGCAAGAUUCCAAGGAAAAUCAUUUGAUGAAAUCGAUAUUGAAGGUGAGUUGGAAAUGACUGUGGAUGUGAAUGUGGCAGAGAUAAGCGAUGACGAUGAAGACUCUGAUCCUGACCAUGGAGAAGUGACUCAAGCAAAAGCAGAGUGCUCCAAGGGUGCAAGCAGAAAUGUUUCUGGAAAAAGAAAAAUUGACCAGGAUGAAAUGGAGAGCUCUGCAGGAGGAAGCAAAGUGUCCCUUGCUAAGGCAGAGACCUCCAAAUGUACAAGCAGAAAUGUUACUGUUCCCAGUCGAAGGACAACUAUAAAAAGGCGAUGGAGCACAAAAGAAAUCAAUGCUGUGAUGAAGCAUUUCAAAAGCCACAUUUCAAAGGGAAGUCUUGCAACAAAGGCAGAAUGUAAGAAGUGUAAAGUUGCUGAGGAUCCUGUUUUAAGGGCAAGAACAAUUCAAAAUAUAAGAGAUUUUGUGAGGAACAGAGGUUUGAUGUCGAAAACAAAAAGUUGAAGGGGAGGUCAGUGUCCAUUUUGCCAGAGGUUUUUUGUUCAAGACUGACUAGGGUUUACUAAUCAGGAGGGAGAACAGCUUCAACGACUAGAGGAGGCUGAUAUCACUAAGUUCUCAUCCACUCCACCUUGUGUGAAGAAUGACUAUGAUGAAGACAAAGCUCAGUCCUCACAGCUUCAUCAAAGUCAAACUGAGGAGA